UAACCGUUUGAUAACGGCCGGAGGAGGCAUCAUCAGCACGAAUUUGGCGGAAAUCGAAUAAUAUAAUAUAUUAUUAUGUCUAAAUCAAAUUCAAUAUUUGGAUUGGUCUUUCGAUCAUUUCCAAUUUCACCAUCGAGGAACACAUUCGUGGCUCGGACAAUUCGACGUCGUACGUUCAACACCAGCUAUAGCGCCACCACCGACGAUAUGACAGUUGAUAUACCCACGACAGAUGACAAGUCAAAAACGACAACUACCGAAACUGCUUGGGCAUCGAAAAUGGUUGCUUGGCAAGCUCACUCGUACAGUUCCAUAGACGAUUUGGUACUAACCAGUAACGCCCGGUCGCCGACUAUGGUGGCGGCCAAUGAAGUGUUGGUGCGUGUCAAAGCUUCGUCAGUCAACCCACUCGACGUACUCAUGACCGGGGGUUUUGGUCAGGUACUGUUGAGCACCAUCCGCCAAGCUCAGAAUAUGUCUCUGCACAAACCUGUUGAGUUUCCGCUAACAUUAGGGCGUGAUUUUUGUGGAGAAAUCAUAGCCAAAGGGGUAAAAGUCAAGAAUUAUAAUGUUGGUGAUGUGGUCAUGGGUGUAGUGCCUCCCUUUCAUCAAGGUUGUCAUUCAGAAUUUGUCGCUGUUCCUGAAGGUCUGGUAGCUAAGAAACCAGAUCAUUUGACUAAAGAAGAAGCAGCAGGAUUUCUGUAUACAGGCAUGACUGCUUGGUCUGCUUUGAAAUUGGUUGGCGGCUUGUAUGUUAUGAAAGCUACCAACAAAAAUGUACUCGUCAUUGGUGGAUCUGGAGGUGUUGGUAAUUGUGCUAUACAAUUAUUAAAGCAUUGGGGUGCUAAGGUAACUACAACAUGCGAUUCAACUGCAAUAAACUUAGUGAAAAGUCUUGGACCUGAUAAUAUUAUAGAUUAUACAGCUAAAGAUGCAAAUCAACAAUUAGAAGAACAUGGAAAGUAUGAUCUAAUCUUAGAUGCAGCAGGAAUAUCAUAUAAUAAAAUUGGUUCUUAUACACCUUUGUUAAAAGAGUGGUCUUAUGCUGCUUUUAUUACACUUCGCAGUCCCAUUUUACACAACACAGAUUCAUAUGGCUUAGUGGGAGGCAUGGUUAAAAAUGCAAUUGACUUUCUAGUUCCAAACAUUUUAUCUGGAGCAGUAUUCAAAGGUUCUACAAUACGGUGGGGUGCUUUCAUUCCAGUUGAGUGUGGUGUAAAAGAACUUGCUAAGUUAGCUGAAGAGAAGAAAAUUUUAAUUCCUCUAGAAAAAACUUUUAAAUUUAUAGAUCUUAAAGAUGCAUACAAAAGAGUACAAGACGGACAUCUAAGAGGCAAAGUUGUUAUAACUUUUGAUAAACCUAGUUUGGAAAAAGCUAGAUUAACUAAUUAAGUGUUAUUUAUUAUAGUUAGAUUCUCUUUUGAUGUUUACCAUAUUGAAUAUUUAUCAAUCAUUAUACACAAUUUUGUUAUUUGUUAAUA